GAGCCUGAGCUCCCACAGAGCCAUCGUUAAAUCCUCCAGCUUUCUGUCUGCCCUGCUGAAGCCUGAUUCCAUUUACACGUCACCAAGGGCUUGAUGUAGUCACCUAUUUUAAAUACUUGGCUCCUGAUCCAAACUCCACUGAUGCCAAGGACCAUGUGUGACUUCAGUAGGCUUGGCUCAGGCAUUGCUACUUGGACGUUAUCUCCAGAGAACCUGAACAUCCAACUCUUCUCACCCAGUCAGGUACCCCCGUACAGAACUGAGGCUGAACAAACAUAAUUCUGCCAGAUUUAGACAUGCUGCUGCACGGACAGGGAAACCAGAGCAGCCUCAUUCACUCUUUUUUUUUGUUCCUGUCUAUUUCUGCUUUACUGAUCCUCUUGCUGUCGUAUGUUUGUAAGGUUUAAAAUUCUCCAGCACGCUCCAGAUUUUAGACUCUAGAUAUCUUAAGUGAAAUUCCAGCUCGAGUUUAUGAAGGAAACCUCCAUUUAUAACAGGCCAUGUCUAGAGGCUAUAGCAUCAUCCUCCUGCUCUGGGGUACGAGUGAGUUAGAGCAAACAAAACAAUGCAUGCAGCCUGAGAAAAGAGCUCUUCUUUCUCAAUUUUUUUUUUUUAAUUAUUUAUUUUUAGGAAAGCAUUUUUAGGUCUGGUUGGGAGCAGUGAGAGCCAGGGCAAAUGAGAAUGUCAGCAAAGAAGCAGCCAAAGAAGAAAAAUUUUUAUCAAUAAUGAGUGGCAAAAUUCUGAAAGCGGGAGAGUAUUCCCAGUAUACAAUCCAGCAACAGGAGAGCAGAUCUGUGAGAUCCAGGAAGCAGACAAGGUUGACACGGACAAGGCAGUGAGAGCAGCUCGCCUUGCUUUUUCUCUGGGUUCAGUUUGGAGGAGAAUGGAUGCAUCGGAAAGAGGCCAACUUUUGGAUAAACUGGCAGACUUGGUUGAAAGAGACAGGGCAGUUCUUGCUACUAUGGAAUCACUGAACAGUGGCAAACCAUUCCUGCAAGCCUUCUAUGUAGAUCUUCAAGGAGUCAUAAAAACCCUGAGGUAUUACGCUGGUUGGGCAGACAAAAUCCAUGGAAUGACCAUACCUGUAGAUGGAGAUUAUUUUACGUUUACAAGACAUGAACCCAUCGGAGUGUGUGGACAGAUCAUCCCUUGGAACUUCCCCCUGCUGAUGUUUGCAUGGAAGAUUGCUCCAGCUCUGUGCUGCGGCAAUACAGUAGUUAUUAAACCAGCAGAACAAACACCACUCAGCGCUCUCUAUAUGGGAGCCCUCAUCAAGGAGGCUGGCUUUCCACCAGGAGUUGUGAAUAUUUUGCCAGGAUUUGGUCCAAUUGUUGGUGCAGCAAUAGCAUCUCAUGUGGGCAUUGAUAAAAUUGCGUUUACUGGAUCCACUGAGGUUGGGAAGCUGAUCCAAGAAGCAGCUGGAAGGAGUAACUUGAAGAGAGUUACACUGGAGCUGGGUGGGAAAAGCCCAAACAUCAUUUUUGCAGAUGCUGAUUUGGAUUAUGCUGUGGAACAAGCUCACCAGGGGGUCUUCUUCAAUCAAGGUCAAUGCUGCACUGCAGGCUCAAGGAUUUACGUGGAAGAAUCAAUCUAUGAAGAGUUUGUUAGAAGAAGUGUAGAACGUGCAAAGAGGAGAGUAGUAGGGAGUCCUUUUGACCCAACUACAGAACAAGGGCCACAGAUUGAUAAAAAACAAUACAACAAGAUCUUGGAACUGAUUCAGAGCGGCAUUACUGAAGGAGCAAAACUUGAAUGUGGGGGUAAAGGGCUAGGAAGAAAGGGCUUCUUCAUUGAACCUACAGUGUUUUCCAAUGUAACAGAUGACAUGCGGAUUGCCAAGGAGGAGAUUUUUGGGCCUGUUCAAGAAAUACUGAGAUUUAAAACGGUGGAUGAAGUUAUAGAGAGAGCCAACAAUUCUGACUUUGGGCUGGUAGCUGCUGUCUUUACAAAUGACAUAAACAAGGCCCUGACAGUCUCUUCGGCAAUGCAGGCUGGGACAGUCUGGAUAAAUUGCUACAACGCCUUAAAUGCCCAGAGUCCUUUUGGAGGAUUCAAAAUGUCUGGCAAUGGUAGAGAGAUGGGUGAAAGCGGAUUGAGAGAAUAUUCUGAAGUUAAAACAGUGACAAUAAAGAUCCCUCAGAAGAAUUCCUAAAAUGAUGAAAGACCACAUAGUGCAGAAGAGCACAUGAUGCCACCCUCUCUAUUCUUUAUGGAGACCAGCACUCAGGAAUAAAAAGUGUUACACAAUAUGUAUUUAAGAAAAUAAGUUGCAGCAUAUGUACUGGGCACAUAAUUGCGUAACUAAUGCAAACCAACUCUGCAUGUUUUCAUAAAACUCUCUUGAGAAUCAUUACAUCUUUAUAAAACAAAUCUUAACAAGAUGAAGUUGCUGUUGGGCAUCAGUAACAGUUCUAGCUAUAAAACCGCUGAACGCAAAUGCAUGCACACACACAUUUAUCUCUUCUUCAAAUAAAAUAAGUCACUGCUUUCAAGUUGCCUUCUCAAAUAGACCUGCCUUCUUCUAACAUUCUUAUUUCACACAGGGCUUUACAAAGCAGAUUUGCCCGAAAUGCUAGGAUUGAACGGUAAUCAAGUAUCAUGGAUGUUCUUAAGAAAGGAAAGACUGAAUUGUAACCAGACGAAAAAUUCUAGAUAAGCAACUUUCCAAUGAGCACGUUCACGUAAAGAGGUUAAACUGGGGAGGGAACUACAGUGUUAUAUGGACAACAAAACACUCUUACCAGUGAGAUUUAACCCGCAGUGUUUUGGUUUUCAAACCUUAUUUCAACAAUUAUUUUAUGGCUUGCUACAAGCAGAAAUCACGGAAUCAUAGAAUCACAAGGUUGGAAAGGACCUACAAGAACAUCCUGUCCAACCGUCCUCCCAUUACCCUUGCUACCACAAAUCCUCCCUCACCUACAGGGACUCAAAAGGUUUUACCUGCUUGAUAAAAGAAGAUGGCCAGACAGGGUGAGAGGGUGCUGAGAACAGGAACAGCUCCCAAGGCUGCACAGAGCAUUUCAGCUUUCACUGCCUGCCUAGUUGUGUUGUUGUUGUUGUCACUGUUUCAGCUUUUUUUUCCUUCUUUUCUAAACAAGUAUUUGCACACGCAGUCUCCAUUUGUUUGUCUGCUAGUAAAGUGCUUGUGAUUACACUGGGAAUCAUUCAGUACUCAUUGCCACAGGAAGAACCCAGCAAAGAAGUCAGUUUAAUUUUACUAUCUUAUGCAAUCACAGCUUGCCAUCUGCACUCUACUUGUGAGCCUUAGGUGAGCUUACUGGCUGCUAUUGUACUUUUCAAAGACAUCUGGCUUUUGUUCAGCCCAAGAUAAAAUUAUGAACAAGUUCUCUUAAAAGUGAGAUGUUUAAGACCUGCCACGCUAUUUUCUGCUGCCUAUAGAAUCUCUUCCAACUUGCAAUUAACAAACUGAACAUUAUCUCCUUCUUCCUUCCAGCUGAAGAACUCCCCAACUUUUUUUAAUGGUUUUGCUUUAUGUUUUAACUUAGAAUUAAGACAAUGUAUUUUAAAAGUGCAGUGAAUAAUCUGCAGAUACGUUCUGUGGAAUUUAAGGACAAAAUGAUGGCCUCAGGUGUAGGAGUUUCCCUUAGCUGCAGUCUGUACUUCAGCCUGUUGAAAACUCCAGCCCUGAACUCAGCAAGUCAUCACUUCUGCACAUUGCUUUUCUUUGUUCUCUGAACAGUUCCUCUUAGAUUUGAAGUUGUGUGUGUCCUUAAAUAUACUGCUGGACCAGGACAAGAGUAUCCAGCACUUUGUAGUGUUGUAGCCCUCGAUAUUUUGUAUUUCUAACUCAUGUCAAUCUGUGUAUGUGUUUUUAAAGCAAUAUAUAUACAUGAUAUUAUUCAGAAAUGACAGUGCAUCCACAGACAUGAAAAUGAAUCAAAAUAUUCCUGAGUUGUUAAAUGCAAAUGUCAUGUACUUGUACUGUAGCGUAUGUCAGAGUUAAGAGUACAGCAAGUAAGAAAUUAGUUCUCUUUAAACUGCAAUAUAAAAUGUGGCAAAGGAGAUUUUAUUUCCUUUUGCCUGUUUACUUAAAAAAAAAAAAAAAAGAUCUCGUGUGGUAACAGCAUUUACAGUGUACUCUUCUGUAUUCCUUCUGUGUGAUUUGUACGUCUGUGCUUUACUCCCUGUACAUUCAGGUAAAUAACAGAGUUGCCAUGUUUUAUUCCAACCUUGUCACUGCAGCUCCAUUCGAUGUACAUGGAUUUGUGAAUUCCUUUUCUAAAUGUACCAUCUGCAUGGAUCCAACAAAACAUUUUUCCAGUCCCUGCAGCUUUUUGUUACAGUUUUUAAUCAUGUAUAUAGUUAUAUGUUAUUAAAAAAGUAAAAGGAUAUUUUCUAUGAAGUUUUUUCCAUUAAAAAGGUUUAGAGAAAGA